AACGUAGCAACUUCAAAAUCGCUACUAUUCACUGUACUCACCACUGCAUUUACAAUCGUUGACCAUGACGGAAACAUUAAAUGCUGCCAUGGAGGCAGCCGUCUCCCGAUUCAAGCUCGAGAGAGUCCUGAACCAAGAUCAAGCUGGACGACGCACAUCCAUGUACGGAACGAUAGAUGAUAAGCCUGCGCUUUUGGUGGUAGAGAGAGCCACAUUCCCCGAAGAACAAGCCUACUUUGCGACGCUGCCUUCGACGCUGGCGCGCGUCAAGAACCUCGGAGCAAACGACAUUUACAGCUGGCACAUGGCGCUCAACGGCGAUGCGAAAACGAUGGCUACCGAGGGCGAGUUCUACCCCGACUUGAAGAUUAAUUUGAUAUAUCCUUGCACGGAGACACACAUUAAAAAGUACAGCAAGCAGGGCGUGCGGUUUGUUACGGAAACGGCCGAGAUUUACAAGGACCGUGUUCGACCAUACAUGCUAAAGAAGAGAGAAGAAGGACGUUUAAACUGGGUAUUUAACAUUAUUGAAGGCAAGAAGGAGGUAGAAGACGUUAUAUACAGAACGAAGCUAGGUGAGGCCGGCGACGAGGGCUUCUUGAUGCUGCCGGAUCUGAACUGGGACCGCAAGACAUUGGAUGCCUUGCAUCUGCUGGCGAUUGUGGAGAGGCGUGAUAUCUGGUCGCUGCGCGAUCUCAAGAAGAAGCACAUUGCGUGGCUCGAGCACAUGAAGGCGAAGCUGCUGGCUGCCACAGUGGCCACGUACCCGACCAUCGAGGCGGACCAGCUGAAGCUUUACGUCCACUACCAGCCGACAUACUAUCACUUCCACAUCCACAUUGUGCACGUGCAGCUCGAGGCCGGCGCAACCCAGGCCACGGGCAAGGCCGUGGGACUGGAAAGCAUCAUGGAGACUCUCAAGGCUAUGGCGGGAGAUGGCGAGGCUGGUAUGGACUCGGUGGCUAUGAGCUACACGCUGGGCGAGGCGAGCGAGUUAUGGAACGAGGUGUAUGCGCCGCUUAAGAGUGGCGAUGGUAAAGCUUCUCAAUAGCAAUGACGAGAUCGUUGACGCCAGCACCAUGGGGGCAGUCAACCCACUCCCCGCCAUCGCGGAUGCAGUAUAUUUCGUUGUCGAGUCGGACGGUGCAGCUAAGAGUGACAUUUGCCUGCUAGAGGUUAGCCUUGUUCUCGUCCGUAACCUAGAAAUUACAAGCCUAUCUAGAAUUAAACUUACGUCCGAUGUGCGUUGUACGCUGGCGCGUAGCAGGCCCAGGCCAUGAGCGCCGUCAUCACGAGUAGCACACUCGUUGAGCUUUUGAAUGUCUAUGGCAUGCUCGAGAGCGCAGUCCUCGACCAGAGUGCGGUCUGGGAUGCUCUGGUAUUCCUUCGUAAGGCACAUAACGAAGCCAAGGUUGGUUUUGGGAUCGGGGUAAAGCUCGCGAGCGCACAGCUCGAUAAUAUUGCCCAUGCACUCCGAGGGCCCAUGCUUGCAGUUGAUUCCAUCAUCAGGGGCAGGUCUAUAAGGAAUAUGAGUUAGUAUGGUUUGCGAUUUAGGUAAGGUGGCGAGAGUGUCUUACGAGCCAAUGUACGAAAGCGUAAAGUUGACCUUGUCGUGGAUCUUCUGCAUAACAGGGAGGACAAGCUGGCGCAUGGCAUCCUAGAAGCUGGUUAGCGGUGAUGCGAGAACAAUAUCUUCCCCAUGAUGGCAAGUGCAUACUCUAGUAUCAGGGCAUUUGCUGAUAAUGUGCGCUUCUAAGGGUACCAGAUAGCCGGGUUUGGUAGUGGCCCCAGCGGUAGCUAGCUUGUUAUCGCUCAGGCCGUGAUAGCAGCCCGACAAGAGACCCGAGCCAUUAUGAAACGAAAAGUAUACGACGGAGAUGAGCGCGAGGGCGAUGACGAGGAUCCGGGUUCGGCGGAGGCGGCUGGGGAUAUGAAUGUUGGGCAUGUCGCGGACAGCAGAGCGCUUCUCAUCCAUGGCUAGCUGGGAGCAAAUGAAGCGGAUGCCUGAAUACGAGCGGUUAUGGGCGAGAGGGCAAAAUGCAGGUGGGAUCGUCAAGAGGACAGCGAUGUUAAUCUGGCGAUGAUGGACGGCGGGUGGUAACGGAGGGAGACUCGCACAGUGAAGCUGGGGAAAUGCCGUCGGGCAAAGGCUUAGAGAAGGAAAGUGGAGGCCAGGUGAUGGUGC